UUUUUCUGGUUGGUUUCCUCAAACACUUAAACGCAGAGUACCCUCCUUGAAUUAUCGGGAAACCAUUUCAGAGAAAUCUAGAGCUCCGUUGGUAAAGCAUGGCGCCACCGGCAGCGAUUCGGUGGUUCGCGGUUGUUUCAGCUCUAAUGCUGUGCCAUCUCAUCACUACGUCGACGGCCAUCUACUGCGACGAGGACGACUGCUACGAUCUCCUAGGGGUUACGCAGAGCGCGAAUUCUUCGGAGAUCAAGAAAGCUUACUACAAGCUCUCCUUGAAACAUCACCCGGAUAAAAACCCGGAUCCGGAAUCGAAAAAGCUGUUUGUUAAAGUUGCCAAUGCUUAUGAGAUUCUGAAGGACGAGGCCACUCGGGAGCAGUAUGAUUACGCCAUUGCACAUCCGGAGGAGGUGUUUUACAAUACAGCUCGCUACUAUCAAGCAUAUUAUGGUCACAAGACGGAUCCUCGUGCUGUCCUGGUUGGCCUUCUUUUGAUUCUUUCAGCAUUUCAGUAUCUAAAUCAGUGGACAAGGUAUAAUCAGGCUGUGGACAUGGUCAAGAAGACUCCUGCUUACAAAAAUAGACUACGGGCUUUGGAACUUGAGCGUAGUGGGGGGACUACAAAUAAGAAGAAGAGUAACAAGCAGAUGAACAAGAAAGUGGAGGAAGAUCUCGGCAACGAACUCGAGUUGCAGAUUAAAGGAGCUGAACAGCCCUCCAUGUGGGAUCUUCUUGUUGUCCACUUCGUACUCCUACCCUACACUAUUGGCAAGCUAUUAUUAUGGUGUGGCUGUUGGUUCUGGAGAUACAAGGUGAAACAAGCUCCAUAUUCAUGGGAUGAUGCCUCCUACCUAACACAGAGAUCCCUUAAUGCGCCUCUUGAUGCAUGGAGAAAUCUCGACGACUCAAGAAAGGAAGAUCUUAUUCAUAAACGUUUAUGGGAAAAAUCGAACUUGGAGAACUACCUUGCUGAGAUGCGAAAAGAAUCCAAGCGCAGAAGGUAGCAAAUUUUGUCGCCCAUGCUACCUCAUGUUCUCGAAAUACCGACACGACACUUUUUGGUAAAUUAGACCAAUACAUGGAAGAGUUAACCCAUAUUUUUGUUGAAAUAGCUGAGUGGUGGAUGGAAGGCAGGGUAUGAGGACUUUAGUUGCAAACCGCUAUAUUAGCAAAUUGUAUUUUGUUGGGAUUCAUUAUAUUGGAUAAUUUAUAUAACAAACACUACUACGUACGUGCGACUUCGAGGUAAAAUCACCGUUGAACUCAUGACUUUUUAAUUCCCAUUUGAUGCUCAUUGAUUGUA